AUGUCAACAGAAGAAGUUAUUAAAAGUAUUGAAGCUAUUCAAGCAGAUAUUGAAUUAGUUCAAGAAGAGACAAGAAAGAAACAAAUAGAGAUUGAAAAGAAAUACAACACCAAGCUUCAAGAUCAAUUCAACAAGCGUGACGAGAUUAUCGCCAAAUCAAAUGUAGAGAGCUUCUGGAGACAAGUAUUGACUGCUGGUUUGAUCGAAUUGAUCGGUUCUUCAAAGGACCAAGCUGUAUUGGAUGCACUCGUCGAUUUAAAGGCUACUACUACAUACUCUGACAACUUGACCACCAAGACCAUCGUAUUUACCUUCAAGACAAACGAACUCUUUUCAAACAAGACUCUUAAAAAGGUCUUGACCAUUGAUGAAUCAAAUGAUGAAUUAAAAUUAUCAGGUGAAAAGGUUUUAUUCAAGAAUGAAAAAAAAGUAAACAAAUCAACAGAUAAAAAGAGAAAGGAUAGUGAUAGUGAAGAAUCAUUUAUUCUUUUAUGGAUUGAAUCUGAAGAUAACUCUGAAUUGGAUAUUUUUGAAACUAUCGUAAAGGCUUAUCAAGAUCCAUUCCAAGCUUUAACUGCUGGUGAUGAUGAUGAUAUGUCAUAUGACGAUGAAGAUGAUGAAGAUGAAGACGAUGAAGAGGAAGAAGAAGUUGAAGUAGCUCCAACAAAAAAGGUAGCAAAAAAGGCUGCAACUGGUAAAAAGAAUUAA